AUGUCUGAGGUCUUUGGCCGCAUGCCCAUCUACCGCACCAGCUCAGUAUUCUAUAUGGGGUUUACGGCUGGUUGUGCAAGAAGCACUAAUGUUGCUGAGUUUCUGGUCUUUCGGUUGCUAACUGGCAUGGCUGCUGCGUCGUAUAUGUCUACUGGUGGGGGUACGGUGGCUGAUCUUUUGCCGAAGGAGGAGAGGGGUGUUGCGAUGGCUAUUUUCACGGCUGGACCGCUCUUCGGGCCUGUCCUCGGUCCCAUCGUGGGAGGAUUCGUCGUUGAGAGUCUUGGAUGGAGGUGGUGUUUCUACCUUACUUUGAUACUUGCCGGUUUGGUUACAACCGUCACCUUUUUAUUCAUGCACGAGACGAGCUCCAUCAACAUACUCAAGUCCAAGGCCGCUAGACUUCGUAAAGAGACAGGCAACCCGAACCUCCGCGCCGUCGGCGAUAAACAGAUCCCAGUCAAGCAGCUCGUGCUCCAUGACCUAACCCGACCUAUGCAAUUCCUCUUCCAAUCGCCCAUCGUCGCUCUAAUCUCACUCUACAUCGCCUUCAACUUCGGCGUAACCAUGCUUCUCUUCGCCAGAUUCCCCACGGUAUACGAAAAUACUUAUCACUGGAGUGUCAGCGUUUCCGGACUGGCGUACAUUGGUGUUGGAGUUGGCUGCGCCAUAGGCGUCAUCACCUUUGCCAAGCUUAGUGAUCGUCUGCUGAAAGCUAAAGGAGGAAACUACCGCGCUGAACGACGACUUAUCAUGAUGAUGUUUGUCUCUCCAAUGUUUCCAAUCGGGUUGUUUAUCUAUGGUUGGACCACUGAGUACAAGGUGCACUGGGUAGUGCCCAUCAUCGGUACUGCAAUCGUAAUCUUACUGGUGCUUUUCUGCCACUUGCCGCCCCGACACUCUAUGCCAACCUGGGCCUGA